AUGAAAUGCAUGUACUUUCAGCAAGGGAGGUGCAGAUUCGGCAAUGAGUGCAAGAACGAACAUGAUCAAGACUCGAGCCGUCAGACGCAGAACCGAGGAAAUCCGUUCAGCCCCCUCGGAAAUGAUGCAAACCAAGACAAGUACGCAGCCAAGUACAGAAUCAAUCACGAAAACGUUCGCCUAGACCUCCAACAAGAAUCGCCGUCGUGGAUUCUCUCCGCGUAUGGGCCCGGUCGCGAUGCGCCAGAACAAUUGUUCGGAGGAUACCCGCGCGAGCAGAGCUUCGAGGAGCUGAGGCUUCAUUACUACGUCUCAGAGGCCAGUGGGCAGGGCCAGGCUGCGAUCCAACAAGCUCAGGAGCUUUACAAGAACGCUGAGGAACAGAUGAAGACGGCAGCAACCAAUAUCACCGAAGCCUGUAACUUCAUCGUCGCGGCAGAGGACAAACACCCCAACCGACACGACACCUGCCAGCAAUUCUCCAUGGGCGCCCCAUUCGGCGUUUUUGAGGUCGGCAAACAAAGAGCCGCCAAUGCAGGGGGCCAAGCUCCUGCCAAUCCAUUUGCGACUGGAAACGCGCAGUCGUCUAGUUUCGGCGCUGCAGGCGGACAAGCAGCAGGGGCUUCUCCCUUUGCAGCCAAAGGCAAUGCACCCGCAGGGCCGCCAGGCAGUGCCUUUGGGCAGACCUCGUCCCUGGGCCAACAGGCGAAUCCGUUUGGGUCAGCUUCUGGCGGGAGCAGCUUUGGACAGCCAAGUCAAUCCACAUCGACAUUCGGACAGCCAUCUCAGUUGGGUGCUAAGGUCAACCCUUUUGCUGGCGCAGCUCCAAGCAGUGGGUUUGGGCAGGCCUCUGCACCUCCAGCGACGGGCGCCUCAGGAUUCGGACAGCCGAGUCAGCUUGGCCCACAGCCUAGUCCUUUCGCUGCUGCGUCGGGAAGUAGCUUCGGCCAGCCAUCACAACAGGCGAACCAAGGGUCGCCUUUUGGUCAAGCGUCCGCGCCACCAGCAGCACAAGCGUCGCCUUUUGGUCAAGCGUCCGCGCCACCAGCAGCACAAGCGUCACCCUUUGGACAGGUGUCGACGACACCGGCCUCGUCGCCGUUUGCGCAAACUAAUCAGGCAAAUGCCGGCGGCUCUGGGUUUGGUCAAGUCGGUCAGCUCGGCGCCAAGGUCAACCCCUUUGCGCCCACGUCAACAGCGCCCACAACAAAUACGGCGCCUAGCCCAUUUGCAACAACGACGGGUCAGCAGCCUCAGGACCAGAACAGGGUGAAUCCUUUUGGUCAAACGUCGAGCCAGCAAACCAUUGCCAGCCCGUUCGCCGCCACCGCGAGCAAUCAGGCCAGCAACACCCCAGGGCCCUUUGGUCAGCCGUCACAAUUGGGCGCCAAACCCAGUCCCUUUGGCGCCACAACCACACAGACCAACACCAACAAUAAUGCCAUCAAUCCGUUCAGCUCACAAGCUUCGACCGGGGCUUCAGCUGCCGCUCAACCGGCCACGAGCACUGCUCCAGCAAACCCCUAUCCACCUGGUAGUGCUAAGCAACAUCCACCGCUGGAGAGUUACGCCACCAAGACAGCCACCGGUCGUCUCAGCACAUUCCGCAACAACCCGGUCACCUACAAUGAGCAGAACCAGCCAGGCUAUGUGACGCCCAGUGGUGCGUGGACAAAGAUCUGGUUUCCCGACGGUCCGCCCGCUUUUAACAAGGAUACGAUGCUUGACAUGGACGCGUACGACGAGGAGAGUAAGAAGCAGUGGAUGGCAUUUGCGGAAACGGGCGAGUUCGAGGGAGGCAUUAUGCCCGAGCUGCCGCCCCCGCGUGAUUGCGUACUGUGGAAUAUCUAG